AUGGCGACUCAGAUCUUCACCAUAUCCCACAACUGGGACCUGAGUGUAAGGGUGAACGAAUACGCGUAUGCUGUUAACGAAAGCGGGCAGCAAGCAAAUCGCAUUUCCAACUCAGCCAUCUUCAAAGUUGAGCGCGAGAAGCUGCGAGUGACACCAUACUUUGAAGCCAUGUUCCCCGGACUCUGGAGGGAUUCAGCCGCACAUGAAAUCACUCUUGAGGGAGACAACAACACUCUUGCCUUGGAGGUCAUGUUCCAUGGCCUACACGAUAGCUUGGAGACAAGGGGCCCGAUUUCAGUCUCCAUGGUGACCGUUUGGCGUUUACUCCUCGCAUGCAACACGUAUGAAGUGGAGUACGUUGAGGGACCCUUGAAAGAGUGGUUCAAAGCCUGGUUCGAGGCUGAGAACAACUCAACUGAAUACGGGAUUGAUUGCGAGUUUGAGAGACAAGUCAUGGGGCCGUGUUAUCACUUUAAUUAUGCCGAAGGAUUUGCGAAGGCCACCAAGUGGCUUGUUUACAACAGCGACUGCCAUAUCUUGGAGCUGAUUCCCGACGAAAGCGCAUCGGAACUCCAGAAAUUGCAUUUGCCGCAGCGUGUCAUUCAGCUUUGUGUUAUAGAGCAGCUUAACGCUGCACGUGGCCGCCUCCGCAACAUUCUGCACAAAGACCUCUUCAAUUCAGUCGCGAGUAUUCUCGGCGGAAGAGAAUGCGACUGCAGGGAGGGAACUGUCUUUGACUACUUGAAGGAGCUCUGGCGUGUCAAGGUGUGGCCGUUGGACAACGCCUUCAAAGACGCAAGCGCCAUGGACGUAUUGCAAAAGAUUGGGCGGUUUGACGCAUCACACAUUCGGUCUCCCGUCCAGCAGGGCAACAACUGCUACUGCAAUGCUGACUGGAGUGACAUUGUCAUGAAAGCGGCACUGCGAACCCUAGAUUAUUUUGACGGCCUCUGCCUGGAUUGUAUGAGCGUGACGAAGUGUCUCAUGGAAGGCAGGGACCCCGACCACGAGUACUGGAAGAACGGCGAGAAGAAGAAGUAUGAUGUUAGCUGUUGCAUUAGCCAUCACCAGCCUACCUGGUAUUUCAGUUUUAUGGGUCGUCGUGGGAGGUCAACGAAGACUUCCUACUAG